CGCGAGAAGAGUUGGUGGCGCGAAUUAACAAGGAUUUUCAGAUACACAGCGCUCGCUAGCUGGCGGACGUUUCUUCGGUAAACUUGAUCUAUUCUGUGUGAAACGCUUACAACGUUACAUUUUACGUUUUAGUUACAGUAAACUGGUCGCGUUCCGGUUAACUUUGUCUGUUUGCGUCGUGACGGAGAAGUAUGUCGGACGCUUUGUCUGAUGCCGGCAGCGACGUCAACCAAGAUGACACCCAGGAGGAUGUUAUGACCCCGGCGGAGCUGAUAGCCAAACUGGAAGAAGUGAGCUUAAAGUUUACAAAAUUAUCCUAUUUGACGGUAACGAUUGAGAAGUUUUUCCCGCAUGUCCUGGAGAGAGAGAAGUCUCGAGGAGAGGGAGAUCCGUCGCUGCUUUCCCCCGAGGAGUUUGCCUUUGCCAAAGAGUACUAUGCGAACACAGAAACCUACCUGAAGGCUGUAGCACUGAAGCGCAUGCCUCCCAACCUGCAGACGGUGGACAUGCUCAAAGCGGUGCCUGAGCCCUGCAUGGACUCCUUUGUGUUUCUACGAGUGAAGGAGAGACAGGAAAACAUCUUGGUCGAGCCUGAAACAGACGACCAGAGAGAGUACGUCGUAGAUCUGGAGGAAGGCUCUCAACAUCUGAUGCGGUAUCGGACGAUAGCGCCGCUUGUUUCCGGCGGAGCCGUGCAGUUGAUCUGAGCGUGGAGGUCUGUCUGUCUGGCGUGGAUGCGUUUGGCUCCCGGAGGUCGGAAAAAUGAGCAGUGGUCUAUUUUUGUAACAUGGCGGUAAUAUGAGGAACAUUAACCUGCAGAGGUUACAUCUAGGGACGCACCCUUCGUCCUCACUCACUGUCGGGGUGAAGGACAAACUCGUGGGACGGUAACAGACUUUUACGGCUGCGUGUCUUCCAGACGAGUUACUCUGGAAAACAACAGCCACCGUUACUCGUAUCGUCGGGAGUGUUCGCUGAUGAAUGAACCCUGUUCACCAGAGCAGCGUUCGCAGAGCUGCGGGGGUAUUUUGGAUCUUUUUUAAUCAUGUCACAUCAUAGGUUUGGUUACCAAAUCAUAAUGUAUUCUUCUGUGUUGGUGUCUGUGAGGUUGCUAAAGAAAAGUCUAAUCUGCUGA